GUCAGUUGGUUAGUUUGUACACAUUUGGGAAUGCUAACCGUGUUUGCACUGCCUUGCAAUGUAACUUUCUCGGUGAUACUGUAAUACGCGGGCGGAUUUUUAAUUGUUAUUUUUAAAACCUUGGUAUGUUUGCAAUGUCUACCCACAUACUCAUCCCACUGUUAUCACAUCCAAGCGUUACGAGAAAUGUGUUCAAAGCGGUGUGCGGGCGCCGCCGUCUUGGCCACAAGGGCAGCCCGGGUCCCAGCUGCAGUAUGAUCAGCACGGAAGGUGGGGACAGCCCGGGCGCCGGGAGAGCCGGGCACCCGGAGCCGGAGCAGGGAUCCCGGGAAGCUGCAGAGCUAUCGCCGUGUGAGAGGCAGAUCGCUGCUUUACAUCGACAGGCCUGCAAGGAUGGCCUGCACACCUACGUGGACCCGUUCAGCGGCUACCUGGUUCUGACACGUCUGGCCCACCGGCAGCGUGGGCAGUGCUGCGGCUCCGCCUGCAGACACUGUCCUUAUGACCAAGUCAACGUUAAAGACCCAAGGAAACGGAAACGCUUCAAUUCUGUGUUUUAUGUCUGAAUUUGGCCAGUGGAGAGGAUCCAGUCAAAAGUCUCUCACUCAGGAUUACCUUUUGGUACUGAUACGUCAAUGAUCACUAUUGGAAGCAAAGAACCAUACAUGCUUCAAAGCGACACAUUUCUUUUUGAGCACUACUGCGUAAUGUAAUGUACAUUUUUUGAUAAUAAAAGAGUAGUGUUAUCACUGCCUUGUUAUGGUUUUGCUGUUACAUGCAUUUCA